AUGGGAAAGGACGGUCUAAGCGACGACCAGGUCUCCUCAAUGAAGGAGGCGUUCAUGCUCUUCGACACCGACGGCGACGGCAAAAUCGCGCCCUCGGAGCUCGGGAUCCUGAUGCGAUCCCUCGGCGGGAACCCGACCCAAGCCCAGCUGAAAUCGAUAACCGCCUCCGAAAGCCUAACCGCGCCCUUCGAUUUCAACCGAUUCCUGGAUCUGAUGGCGAAACACCUGAAGACGGAGCCGUUCGAUCGCCAGCUAAGGGAUGCGUUCAAGGUGCUGGAUAAGGAAGGCACGGGGUUCGUGGCGGUGGCGGAUCUGAGGCAUAUCUUGACGAGCAUCGGGGAGAAGCUGGAGCCGAAUGAGUUUGAUGAGUGGAUCAAGGAGGUGGAUGUUGGAUCUGAUGGGAAGAUCAAGUAUGAGGAUUUCAUUGCUAGGAUGGUUGCUAAUUUGACUAUUUAUGCUCUUGUGGUUUCGUUGGGUUUUUGUCUCGGCCUCUUGGUUCUUGGCUCUGGAGUUGCUCAUCGUGGCCUCCUUCCAAAGAGAGUAACAUCUCGUGAAGCAAGCCGGUUUCCUGAAAUGGCUACUAUAAAGAUCAAAGAAGAUCCAUGCACUCUUUUUGAAGAGUCUCUAUACACUGGAGUCCAAAGCUGGGAGGAUCUGCACUCUGGUUUUCACUUUGAGCUAUCCACGUUUAAUGCACUUGGAGCGAUGGGAGGAUGUUUCUCGGUCUCGAUGUCAUGUGACCAAAUGGUGAACCAGUUCUCCAAAUGGUUAUGCCUCAAGGGGAGUUAUAUUCACAACCUCGCUGAGAAUCUAGUGUCUCUCGAGAAAGCCAUGGGAGUGCUCAAAGCAAAGCGAGAUGAUGUUCAAGGAAGGGUACACAGAGAAGAGUUCACUGGGCAUUGUCAAAGGCUUUCUCAAGUCCAGCCAAUACAAACUGAUAUGUGGAGAAGGGUCGAGGAGCUGGAACGACUUGAAAGCUUAAACAUAGACAUCUCCUCGAGUUCAGCUUUGGAGGAACUGUUCAACGAUGAUGAGUUGGCAAGUUGCAUCAAAGAGGUAUGUAUAAAAGAUGUUAAAGAAGAAGCACUAGUUUUGGCAACAAUGGAGCGUCUAAGUAAGCUCAUCAUAAGGAGCUGUGAUAUAUCUGAGAUAGAGAUUGGGAGGACACCAUGGGACAUUAUUCUGACUAAGUCAAGACUGAGAAACCUCACAAGUGUGAUUGUAAUUGGCUGCAAUGGACUAAAGGAUUUGACGUGGUUGUUGUUUGUUCCUAACCUUACUCAUCUCGAGCUUCAGUGUUUAGAGAAGGUAGAAGAGAUCAUAAGCGAGAAGAAAGUUUCAAGUAGUGUCACAGAUGAGCCGAAAGCGCGAGGUAUGAAUAGUCCUUUUCAAAAACUUGAGAGGCUUGACUUGAUUAACUUACCGAUGUUGAAGAGUAUCUACUGGAGUCCUCUGCUCUUCCCUUGUUUGAAGAAGAUUAAUGUAGUAAAGUGUCCAAAGCUGAGGAAGCUUCCACUCAGUUCUGGAAGUUGCGUUGGUGGUGAAGAACUUGUUAUAAAUUACAGAGAGGAUAAAUGGUUUAAAAGGAUUCGUUGGGGAGAUAAAGCUAGUAAAGACCGUUUUUUACCUUGCUGUGAAAAGCUCCUGACUUCGUACUCAGACAGGAACAGCUCGUGAAGCAAGUCAGUUUCCUGCAAAAUCGCUACUGUUUGUGUUUACUAUCCUUUUCUGAGUUGUCAUUUGUUUGUAUUAUAGUGUGAUGGUGUGCUUAGUCUGUUGCUUGAUAUGCAACAGACUCAUAUUUCUUCUAUCAUUUUGUUGAGUGUGAUUUGUGAUUUGGGGGUGUGUUUGUUAUAAUAUCCUUUAUUGAAUCUGAGAGUCUCCUGCACUAACUUAUAAUCAUUCGUCAAGAGGGGUACUUCUCCGCACAACUAUCUUUUUUCUUGUAGGAAAGGGAACAUGGGUAUGUUUGUAUCUUGUAACGAAAGAAACA